AAGAAGAACAACUACCGCACCGUUGAGUUUCAGCCUUUGCUUUAAGGGACAGCGUUCACCAGAAAUUGCAAAAUGGGGAAACAGAAUAGCAAACUGGCUCCUGAAGUGAUGGAAGAUCUGGUGAAGAGUACAGAGUUUAACGAACAUGAACUCAAACAGUGGUACAAAGGAUUUCUAAAGGACUGUCCUAGUGGGAGACUGAAUCUAGAGGAGUUUCAACAGCUUUAUGUAAAGUUUUUCCCAUAUGGAGAUGCUUCAAAGUUUGCACAGCAUGCCUUCAGAACCUUUGAUAAGAACGGCGAUGGAACCAUUGACUUCAGAGAGUUCAUUUGUGCACUGUCCAUCACCUCAAGGGGGAGUUUCGAACAGAAACUAAACUGGGCCUUCAAUAUGUAUGACUUAGAUGGAGAUGGAAAGAUCACCAGAGUAGAAAUGCUGGAAAUUAUAGAGGCCAUUUACAAAAUGGUGGGCACUGUGAUAAUGAUGAAAAUGAAUGAAGAUGGCCUCACACCAGAGCAACGAGUAGACAAGAUUUUCAGCAAAAUGGAUAAGAACAAAGAUGACCAGAUCACACUGGAUGAAUUCAAAGAAGCUGCAAAGAGCGACCCUUCCAUUGUAUUACUCCUGCAAUGUGACAUUCAGAAAUGA